CAGCGAGCUGGCAGGAGGGGCUUUGCCAGCUUCCGCCGCCGCGUCGCUUCAGGACCCGGACGGCUGGUUCUCGCUGCUGCCGCUGCCGCGGGGCAGCCGAGGAACACCGACCGGAGCGAGGGGCGCGCGGCGGCGCGGCCAUGGUACUGCGCCGAGUCCGGUGACAGUAGGGAGCCCAGCGGCCCGGGCCCUGAGCGCGUCUCCUCCAGGGGGCCUCGCCCUCCUGCUCGCGGGUCCGGGGCUCCUGCUGCCGUUGCUAGCGCUGCUGCUGGCGGCGGUGGCCAGGAUCAUGUCGGGCCGCCGCUGCGCCGGCGGGGGUGCGGCCUGCGCGAGCGCGGUAGCCGAGGCCGUGGAGCCGGCCGCUCGCGAGCUUUUCGAAGCGUGCCGCAAUGGGGACGUGGAGCGAGUCAAGAGGCUGGUGACGCCCGAGAAGGUGAACAGCCGUGACACGGCGGGCAGGAAGUCCACCCCGCUCCACUUCGCCGCAGGCUUUGGGCGGAAAGAUGUAGUUGAGUAUUUGCUUCAGAAUGGUGCAAAUGUUCAAGCACGUGAUGAUGGUGGGCUUAUUCCUCUUCAUAAUGCAUGUUCUUUUGGUCAUGCUGAAGUAGUCAAUCUCCUUUUGCAACAUGGUGCUGAUCCAAAUGCUCGAGAUAAUUGGAAUUAUACCCCUCUCCAUGAAGCUGCAAUUAAAGGAAAGAUCGAUGUUUGCAUUGUGCUCUUACAACAUGGAGCUGAGCCAACCAUCCGAAACACAGAUGGAAGGACAGCAUUGGAUUUAGCAGACCCGUCUGCAAAAGCAGUGCUGACUGGUGAAUAUAAGAAAGAUGAACUUUUGGAAAGUGCAAGGAGUGGCAAUGAAGAAAAAAUGAUGUCUCUUCUUACACCAUUAAAUGUCAACUGUCAUGCAAGUGAUGGCAGAAAGUCAACUCCACUGCAUUUGGCAGCAGGAUACAACAGAGUAAAGAUUGUACAACUAUUAUUGCAACAUGGAGCUGAUGUUCAUGCUAAAGAUAAAGGUGAUCUGGUGCCGUUACACAAUGCCUGUUCUUAUGGUCAUUAUGAAGUAACUGAACUUCUGGUCAAGCAUGGUGCCUGUGUGAAUGCAAUGGACUUGUGGCAGUUCACUCCUCUUCAUGAGGCAGCUUCCAAGAAUAGGGUUGAAGUGUGUUCUCUACUCCUAAGUUACGGUGCAGAUCCAACACUACUGAAUUGUCACAAUAAAAGUGCUAUUGACUUGGCUCCCACACCGCAGUUAAAAGAAAGAUUAUCAUAUGAAUUUAAAGGCCACUCAUUGCUGCAGGCUGCUCGAGAAGCUGAUGUUACACGAAUCAAAAAACAUCUGUCUCUGGAAAUGGUGAAUUUCAAGCAUCCUCAGACACAUGAAACAGCAUUGCAUUGUGCUGCUGCAUCUCCAUAUCCCAAAAGAAAGCAAAUAUGUGAACUGUUGCUAAGAAAAGGAGCAAACAUCAAUGAAAAGACUAAAGAAUUCUUGACUCCUCUGCACGUGGCAUCUGAAAAAGCUCAUAAUGAUGUUGUCGAAGUAGUGGUGAAACAUGAAGCAAAGGUUAAUGCUCUCGAUAAUCUUGGUCAGACGUCUCUGCACAGAGCUGCACAUUGUGGCCAUCUACAAACUUGCCGCUUACUUCUAAGCUAUGGAUGUGAUCCUAACAUCAUAUCCCUUCAGGGAUUUACUGCCUUGCAGAUGGGAAAUGAAAAUGUACAGCAGCUGCUUCAAGAGGGUAUCCCAUUAGGGAAUUCAGAGGCAGACAGACAGUUGCUGGAAGCUGCAAAGGCUGGAGAUGUGGAAACUGUAAAAGUGGCUCUGUAUGAAUCUCUGGAACAAGAACAUCUGCGUAUUGAACUCUCGUGUCCUCAGAAACUGUGUACUGUUCAGAGUGUCAACUGCAGAGAUAUUGAAGGACGUCAGUCUACACCGCUCCAUUUUGCAGCGGGGUAUAACAGGGUGUCUGUGGUGGAAUAUCUGCUUCAGCAUGGAGCAGAUGUGCAUGCUAAAGAUAAAGGGGGCCUUGUACCUUUGCACAAUGCGUGUUCUUACGGACAUUAUGAAGUUGCAGAACUUCUUGUUAAGCAUGGAGCAGUAGUUAACGUAGCUGAUUUAUGGAAAUUUACACCUUUACAUGAAGCUGCAGCAAAAGGAAAAUAUGAAAUUUGCAAACUUCUGCUCCAGCAUGGAGCAGACCCUACAAAGAAAAAUAGGGAUGGGAAUACUCCUUUAGAUCUUGUUAAAGAUGGAGAUACAGAUAUUCAAGAUCUGCUUCGAGGAGAUGCAGCUUUGCUUGAUGCUGCCAAAAAAGGCUGUUUAGCCAGAGUGAAGAAGUUGUCUUCUCCUGAUAAUGUAAAUUGCCGUGAUACCCAAGGCCGACAUUCUACACCCCUACAUUUAGCAGCUGGUUAUAAUAAUUUAGAAGUUGCAGAGUAUUUAUUACAACAUGGAGCUGAUGUGAAUGCCCAAGACAAAGGAGGACUUAUUCCCUUACAUAAUGCAGCGUCUUAUGGGCAUGUAGAUGUAGCAGCUUUAUUAAUAAAGUAUAAUGCAUGUGUCAAUGCCACGGACAAAUGGGCUUUCACACCUUUGCAUGAAGCAGCCCAAAAGGGACGAACACAGCUUUGUGCUUUAUUGUUGGCCCAUGGAGCUGAUCCUACUCUUAAAAAUCAGGAAGGACAAACACCUUUAGAUUUAGUUUCAGCAGAUGAUGUUAGUGCUCUCCUUACAGCAGCCAUGCCCCCUUCUGCUCUACCCUCAUGUUAUAAACCUCAAGUGCUUAAUGGCGUGAGAAGCCCAGGAACCACCACAGAUGCUCUGUCUUCAGGUCCGUCCAGCCCAUCAAGCCUUUCUGCAGCCAGCAGUCUUGACAACUUAUCUGGGAGUUUUUCUGAACUGUCUUCAGUAGUUAGUUCAAGUGGAACAGAGGGUGCUUCCAGUUUGGAGAGAAAGGAAGUUCCAGGAGUAGAUUUUAGCAUAACUCAAUUUGUAAGGAAUCUUGGACUUGAGCACCUAAUGGAUAUAUUUGAGAGAGAACAGAUCACUUUGGAUGUGUUGGUUGACAUGGGGCACAAGGAGCUAAAGGAGAUUGGAAUCAACGCUUAUGGACAUAGACACAAACUAAUUAAAGGAGUUGAAAGACUUAUCUCUGGACAACAAGGUCUUAACCCAUAUUUAACUUUGAACAACUCUGGUAGUGGAACAAUUCUCAUAGAUCUGUCUCCUGAUGAUAAAGAGUUUCAGUCUGUGGAGGAAGAGAUGCAAAGUACAGUCCGAGAGCACAGAGACGGAGGUCAUGCAGGUGGCAUCUUCAACAGAUACAAUAUUCUCAAGAUUCAAAAGGUUUGUAACAAGAAACUAUGGGAACGAUAUACUCACCGGAGAAAAGAAGUUUCUGAAGAAAACCACAACCACGCAAAUGAAAGAAUGCUAUUUCAUGGGUCUCCCUUUGUGAAUGCAAUUAUCCAUAAAGGUUUUGAUGAAAGGCAUGCAUAUAUAGGUGGCAUGUUUGGAGCUGGGAUUUAUUUUGCUGAAAACUCUUCCAAAAGCAAUCAGUAUGUAUAUGGAAUUGGAGGAGGUACUGGAUGUCCAGUUCACAAAGAUAGAUCUUGUUACAUUUGCCACAGGCAGCUGCUCUUUUGCCGGGUAACCUUAGGAAAGUCUUUCCUGCAGUUCAGUGCAAUGAAAAUGGCACAUUCUCCCCCAGGUCAUCAUUCAGUCACUGGUCGGCCCAGUGUAAAUGGCCUAGCAUUAGCUGAGUAUGUCAUUUAUAGAGGAGAACAGGCUUAUCCUGAAUAUUUAAUUACCUACCAGAUUGUGAGGCCUGAAGGUAUGGUUGAUGGAUAAAUAGUUGUUUGGGGAAGGAAACUAAUUCCACUAAACCUAAAAUCACUGAAGCAGCUGGUGACCUCUAAGCUUUUCUCCUUUGCUGAAAAAAUUCAUCUUGCUUCCAGGCCUAUGGCAAAAGGAUAAAAAAUGUGAAAGAAGUUUAACAUUCUGACUUGAUAAAGCUUUAAUAAUGUACAGUGUUUUCUAAAUAUUUCCUGUUUUUCAGCACUUUAACAGAUGCCAUUCCAGGUUAAACUGGGUUUGUCUGUACUGAAUUAUAAACAGUUAACUUGAACCUUUUAUACGUUAUGCAUUGAUUUUAACAGAAACUGUAAUGCCCUCAACAGAACUCAUUUUACUAAUACAGUACUGUGUUCUUUAAAACACAGCAUUUACACUGAAUACAAUUUCAUUUGUAAAACUGUAAAUAAGAGCUUUUGUACUAGCCCAAUAUUUAUUUACAUUGCUUUGUAAUAUAAAUCUACUGUUUUAGAACUACAGCGGUUUACAAAAUUUUUCAUAUGUAUUGCUCAUCUGUACUUCAUCUUGCAUUAAUACUGAUCAAGUGAUCUUUAUGUUUGAUUCCAGAGGCUGUGUUGAGUUGUUAAAAGAAACGUAGUUGGGAAAGAUUAAUUUAUCAGAUUUAAUUUGGUGAUGAAAGCAUUUCUCUCUCAGUAGAAAUCUUUCUCUUUAAGAACAUUAUGAAUACUCUGGGGAUUUUAUUUGUGAUGCCUUUGUAUGUGUAAGACACACAUUCCAAAGAGCUCUUAACUAUCUUAGGUCCUGAUUAUUAAAGAAGCUUCUUUUCUGGCCUCAAACUCUAGGUUUUACUUAGGUAAUUUUUCUAAUGUCAUUCUGUGACAAUUAGAGCAAGUGCUCCUGUUUUUUUUAUAGAGGUUAAAUCUUGCUUUUGAACAAUUAUGGUAUUCUUUUUCUUGGAAUGUAAAUAAGAAAUUAAAUUUCAGAGUUGGGAAAAGUAAUCCUGGAUAAUUGCCCAGUUGGUUCUAAUUACCUUAAAUCUAAAGGGAGGGGGGAUAGCAAAUAGGAGUGGGUAGUUUUUUAUCCUACGUGUUGUUUGUUUGUUUUCUGUUCUUUUUUUCUUGAUCUUAUUAUAUUUAUAGCCAAUCUAUACAUCAUGGGUAAACUGAACCCAGAACCAUGAAUGUAGGUGUCUCAGUCUUUCCUUGGCCCCUGAAUGGGCAAGUGCAGUGAGACAGGUACUUUCUGAUCCUGGGUUGCCUCUCCAUGAUGCAGUGCUUAAUUGGAAAUAUGCUUUCCUUUGUGCACCUUCAGGUGACCAAACUUGUGUCCAGUUUGGCAGCUGUGGAGGGAAUUGCUAUCCCAUAAAAUGCCAUUCCUGUUUUCUGAAGUAAAACUAUGUUUUCUACAAAUUACACUUGGGCAUCCUGGUAUACAUGCAUUAUGGCUUGGCAUUCUAUUUUACCUAUUCACUCUAGCUGCCUCAGAAGUCAAGGAAAGAUUUUUAUCCACUUAAAUCUUUAUAAGCGUUCCACUUCACUCUCUGUAUCAAUUCACUUUUGUUUGACAUUUUAUUCAGUCUUUAAAUUAAUUGGCCUUUACAGUAACCUGUAUAUAAAGUGCUAGAGAGUCAUGUUUCUUGUUCUGAAUGAGAGUCAAAGUAAUUACAUUUGUGGAAUUGUUUCUGUGAUAUAAAUUGUGAUCAUUAUUUAAGAGGUCAAAUCCUGACCUUGAAAUACUUUUAUACAGCUCUCUACUGAUUGCAAAUAUGAUCCUAAAGUCAUUUCUAAAAUACAAAUGAAGUAUGCCAAAUUUUAUACACAUUUUUCAGGUUCUCUAGACCUCUAGGUUUUAUAAUUAGAAAAUAAUGAGAUGAAUUAAUGGAUUUAUAUUUACAUACCUUUCCUCUCAACAUUUAGCCCAUAUCACUCACUCACCCUGUGAGUAAAUUUGGAUUUGUUUGUCAUGUAAACCAUUGUGGUCUAUGAGUUUACAAUAUUGUGAACUGUGUUAUUUCAUCUAAUCCAUUACUUAGUGUGUUUUUCCAUGAGCGAUUAUAUUGUGGUUAAUAUGUUAGCAUGGCAAUAUUUUCAGGUAGCUUUUUGAUUAUUGGGAGAUUGGGAUUUGGGGUUUUUUAGUGCUUUGCAUGAAAUACCUUACUUUUAAAAUGAUGGAAUUGCUUUUUCUUUUUCCUUGUGAUUUUUUUUAAGUGAAAUUUAAUUUUUUGUGUGAGUAGUAAUAUUGUACCCAUCUUGAGUGUCUUGUACUGUAUCACAUUCCAUACCCUUCAUUUAAUUCUUAAUAAACUGUUCACUUGUU